UGCUGGGGCCGGUAGUCCCUUCUCUGCUCCAGGCCCAGCUACCCAGGCAACGCUCCUUCGUGUACUUAACAUGGCAUCAAGACUACAUCAAAAAGUUUCUUUAAAAGAUGGAAAAUCUCAGUGUAAGAAGAUGCAUGUAAUACUGAACAGCCCUGUGGGAAGAAUUGAAAUAUCUGGAUGUGGAAAAGGUGUACAUGAAAUACAACUUCAGGAAAAUGCUCUGCUACAGAACAGCACUGAGGCAGCCUCGGUUACUUAUGAGGAAUGUGACGGUCCAGAGGAAAUGACAGAACCACUAAAACAAUGCACAGCCUGGCUUCAGGCCUACUUCUGUGAGCCCUGGAUGACCAAGAAACUUCCUAUGCCUCCUUUUCACCAUCCAGUUUUUGAGCAAGAUUCAUUCACCAGACAAGUGUUAUGGACCCUGUUGAGAGAUGUGAAAUUUGGAGAGGCAGUUUCUUACAAGCAAUUAGCAGACCUGGCAGGCAACAGCAACGCAGCAAGAGCAGUGGGAGGAGCAAUGAGAAGCAAUCCUGUUCCGAUUAUAAUACCAUGCCACAGAGUGAUUUGUAGCAGUGGACAGACUGGCAACUAUGGAGGAGGAACUCAUCUGAAACAGUGGCUUUUGUCACAUGAAAAGCUUCAGAAAGAAAAGUUAGCAUAUUGAUGCAGUUCAGCCACAGCUGUUAUACAGCCAAAACACAUAACCAAAGAUACUUGGCUUAUAACAAGCUUUCAGAACACACAGUAGAAUUCAGGAAAAUGGUAAAUAUUUGAGUGACAUAUAAAUAUAAUACAACAUCCGAAGUGAAAUGUGUGGUGGCACUACUAUAUUAAAAAAGCUGGAUGUGUCCUAGGGGACGCAGCUUGUAUGCCCUUUCUUGUUUUUACAUUUUACAGCAGAAUGAGUACAGCGGACUGUGCCUGUUGUGCAUGUAUUUUGUUCCCAUCUCCAGUCCUGUUUUGUUCUAUUUUUAAUGUCCAUUAAAGCAAGGAUAAGGGAGUGGGAGGGGCAUGGCAAAUGUUAGGUGCAACUGCCCCUCUAAGGAAGCAUCUGGCUCACAGAGGGGACAGCCGGCAGUCUGAAGCCUUUGCGUGUUUCUGAGAGCAAAAUGAAAUGCAAAAGCUUCAGCACACACCUCCCUGUUCCUGCCUCGCUUUGUAUUUGUCCAGAUUGAAAAGCUUGUACCUCUGCCAGGAUUGGUGCCCAAGAUUCUCCUGUUUUUCUUUGAUGUUUGAACUGUUGAAAUGAUGUUUUACGUAAACAGUUGUUAAUUAAACACAUUGAGAAUCAUUCAAAAGGAAAUGCCUAUUGAAUUGCCUAUUCACAGCUUUUCUUUUCAAAUUGUUGGAGAUGUUUAAAAGAUACGAAUAAAAAUUAGUUUAUCUUUUAUUGACAUUGCAGUCACUAGUCAGUAAAGAAGAUUCUGGAAAAUUAUUUUAUGCCAAAUAGCUUUUUUCCAAGUAAGCAAUUAAGAUACAGUAGCUUGCUCAAAAAUUUAAAAUGGUUAUAUUUUUGUAUCAGUAAUAUUGUGAUUUUUACUUAUUGUAUUUAGCUUUCAAGUGUAUUAUGCAACACUCUGAGUACUUAGGAAUAAAGCUUUUUUUUUCCAAUAUAGGUUAUCUAUAGAAAAUGUAGGCAAAGGAUAUUGAAGGUAAAUUUUCUGAUUACUUAAAAAGGAUUCCAUGAAAAUAAAAUAUUACAAACUACCAAGAGCUGAAAUUUUCAGUCUGGGAAUCAUAAAUUAUAACAUGGAAAUACUGAUUUUAUAGGGGGUUUUCACAUUCUCAUAGGUGUCUCUUUAGAAAGCUCAUUGCUAACAAAGAAAUUUCUGUAUUAUGUUACAAUGUAUUACUUUGUUAAUGCAGCAUUAUUGAUAUCUUACCUUUUUAAUAAAGUUAUGUUAUGCAUGUACAUGUUUCUGUGGGUAUGUGUGUAAAUAAAAUGCAGUACAUGAUGUAUGGAGAAAAUAAACUAUACCCAACUGUACAAUAUAAGGCUGUAUUUUUAUCAAGGGUUUCUGGUGGCAAUAUAAACCAAGAAAGCAAAGCUCAAGUGGUUUGUACAUGUCACCAGAACCCUGAGAUAAAAAUAUAGCCUUAUAAUAUGUACAGUUUGGGUGUAUUUUAUCUUUUAUAAUAUGUGGAUACCAACAAGCGAGCACAAUGCCUUCUGCAAACUUUAAACUUUUUCAAAUAUUACAUCACUUGCUUCUUAUCUGUAGAUAUUUACAUUUGUUUUGCCAGAAAUGUGUCCUUUUGAAUAGUAAAUGUGAAUGUCAUGAGGACACUGUCAUAUACAGUAAGUGUAAAUCAUUCAACAUGUAGAGGAACAGAUUUUUAGCAAAACCUCAACACGGUCUCCAGUUUUAUACUUCAACUCACAUACACAAAUAUUUGCAACUAUAGUUUGUGUCCACAACCUUUUGCAGGUGCCAUUUAUAUCAUUAGGCUGUCUAAGCAUUUGAUUGUACUUGGGUACUUACAUCAUUUGGACCUGCCUGUUUUUUGAGCUCACAAGUUUAUGAGGAUAAAACUGAAAACCAGGAGAUAGACAAUGAAAAGUUUAACAAUCAGAACAUAUUGAGAACUAAAAUUUAUAAUUUCAUACUGUAAAACAGAAGUUUAUAAAAAAGAAACUAUAUCUGGUAUGCAACUUGUUUGCCUACGUGUAUAUAAUAAUAUAAUUAUAAAAUAAGUACAUUUGCUCCUGAAGCUUUAUUCUGAAUUUUUUUCUUUUUGUGGAAUUUUUGUACUUGUUUUCAAGAUAAGUAAAAUUUAGGUUGAAAAUUAUUGCAGGGCUAUAGCAACAUGCUAUUAGUUUCAGAUAUACAGGAAGAAGCUUUAGAAUGAUAAUAGAAAUUCUCUUAUUAUAAGCAUACUGUUUUGUUGUCUAGGCAGCCUACAUUUAUGAUCUUGCAUACUGUUGUUUGUUUUUGUGUUGUAGGCCAAGCUGCAUAUUCUUUGUCUGCAUGUUUUCCAAUAGAGGGCACUAGAGCUUAGAAGAAUUAAAUGCAUGUGUUUUACAAUGUAUUUAGACCCUCAUUCACCACUUUUUUUCCUCUACUGUUUAAGAAUGAAUUUGAAAAUGAACAGCGGAGUUGAAAUCUCCGAGCUGCCCUAUUUGCAAUGCUUCAGACAGUCUGCCUCAGGAAUUAGCUGUCUAGUAUUAUUACAGUCCUGCAUUCUGCAUCCCAUGUAUGUAUUGUGAAAGGUGCUGUAGUUAGAUAGUAAGAUGAAGAAUGGCCUUUCUUUGCCAGUGAUUUCAGAGAUUGCUAAUGAUGCCCAAACUGCAGACUGGUAUGACCACUAAUGAAGGGCACUAUGACACAAGAACCUCUAGGGGUUCCGUUUCAAGGAGGGGAAUCCACAUUGCUACUUAGGUAUACUGUUAGCAUUCUCUCUCUCUCUCUUUUUUGUAAUAGUGCUGAUUUCCUUGUAUGAUAUCUUGAUUCUGUGCAGUACUCUGGCCAAAUGACCCUCCAUGAUGAAAUACUUAGAACAACACAAAUGAGCUAUUGAGAAUUUGCACCUACUGAAACUAUACAUCAGGUAAUUCUAUUAGGACUCUUUCAUACUCUUGGCAAAAUCUGUGCAUAUGUUACAUUCCAUACCAGUGUUUUUGAAUUAUCAGAAGUGUAGCUUUAAAAAUAAUUUAUCAGAAAAAAAAAACCCAAGGAAGACUGGGAUUUGGUUUUGGCCUGCUGUUGUUGUGUCACAGCAGUACAAUACCAGUUUUCUGUUUUCUGUCUCUGAGGGUUUUCUCUGCCUUGUCAUAAGAGUCUUGAUAUAUGCCCUGAAGUUUCCACUAAAGAAGGCAACAGCAUGGUUCAAACUGGCAUUGUUUUGUACAGGUCUGAGUACUGCUAUGAGAAGCCAGUAGAAAUUAACAUAAAAAGCAAUCACUUGGAGUAGCCUAAAGCCUAUUCUGGCGAGAGGUCACAGCAUAGUUUAUGAAAAUAUAGAACUAAAGAAAAAGUAUUUUUUUUUUAAAAAAAAAUCCAAAUAAAAAAAAGCUAGAAAAAGGAAAUCUAUGUUCUUUUUUACUUGGAAUUGGGUUCCACUGACCUAUCAAGUUUCCUCCCAUUCAGCCUUGCAUUGCUUUGAACUGCUGACAUUGAGACACUGUGCAGCCAGGCACGACAGCUGGCUCUGCAGCAUCUAAUACCAACACAUGCUGUUUUAGCCCAUUUCCAGAGACUAAGAUAAUGAAAGAUUCAAAAAUAAUAUUUGUUUUGGCGGAACUACAUUUAUAAUGAAAUAGAUGCCCUUGACCAUGGGAGAAACUGAAUUUUGCAAUGGGUCAUUCUUUUCCUCCUUUUUUUUUUUCUCCUUCCAUAGAAAACAUCAUCUACAGCAAACCUAAACACAACAGAGAUGUUUUAAAAGAAAUAUGUUGUGUUUUCUGCAUUAGAAAUACAAUAAAAUUGCAUCCGCACUAGUUCUCUUUUAUACCCAAAUGAAAAAUGCAGAUUACAUCCUAUGUAUCAGUACCAAAUGAUAAAGGGCCUCAGGCUUAAAGAUUGUUACAGAUCACUUUCAUGCAAGCACAGUUUUUGAAGAAAUGAGCUCAUACUGUAAGCAUCUUAAACAGUAAACCAAUUCAUUGUAGUCAUAAGGACAUUUUUAAAUGUAAGCCCAAAUUCUGUUCUCCCUGUUCGUGUAAGCAGUCCCAUGAGAAUUAGUGAAACUUCUUGUCUUGGUCAGAAGAGCAGGAUUUGGCCUAUAAAGUGUAUAUUUAAUUUUUCUUCAGUAAUUGCCAGAUACCAGAUUAUACUAUGUUCACUUCCAUGUUCUUUAAUUCAUAUUGAUGUUAAUUUUUUAACAUAUUUAUUUAAUAACUAA